AGGAGCCCUACCCAGCUCCCUCUCCAACCACUCUGCUCAGCCCAGAGGAGCAGCCACACAGAAAAAAAAAGAAAAAGAAAAAAAGAAAAGAAGUUAAAAUCAACUCAGAGCAGAGGAGGGAGGGGGCAAGGAGGGAGAAAACGCCCUGGAAAUCUGGUUGAUCGUGAAAUAGAAAAAGAGUGACAGAAUCCUAACAGACUGCGAAGUUGUGACAUUGUGAAAGUGCUUUUCUUGGGCUGAGGAGAAGGGGAGAGGACACGUUUUCAAGGAUGCUCAAGCUCGUGUGAGGCUUCUCGGGCGCCGAGGCUGCGCGCAGAAGUCAAGAAAAGAGGAACAAAAGCAUCAUACUGAAGCCCUUGGCUUUGCUUGAGCAAUCCAAGGAAAACAAAAAGACAGAGUUUCCAUCACACAAGGGCUGAAAAAGAGAGACACAAAAACAAGAUGGCUGACGAGGAGGACACCAGGGAGGUGCUAUUUCCAGACUGGGAGGGUCCAGACAAAACUGGCUUGACCAUUGAACAGACAGGAGGAGAGAUUUUUGUUAAGGAGGUGAAAGGAGAGUCACCUGCAGCACGAUCUGGAAAAGUAUAUGAAGGUGACCAGAUAGUGGGAGCCACUGUCUACUUUGAUAAUAUGAGCUCAGAAGAAACCGCAGAGCUACUGAAGACACUGAAUCGACACAAAGUUGGACUGAAACUACAAAACAAGGGAGACAAAUCCCCUUGCUGCUCGCCCUUGAGCACACCAUGUCGUUCACCAAUAGGCACCCUGACAUGGGAAGGGAAGACCCGCUUCGGAGGUUCCAGUCCAGACAUCAUUCUUAGUGGGGAUGAUGAAGACUACAAGAGAAUAUACACAAAAAAGAUUAAACCAAGGCUGAAGUCUGAAGACCUUGCAGAGGGAGUAGAUGUUCGCACAGAACGGCAUAGCAGCACGAGCAGCGAUGGCAGCACAAUCACUACCAUCACUCGCCGUAUCACCACCUACACAGUGGAUAUGCCGAGUGGCAUAAGUGAGCAACUUGAACUUUCAAGCCCAGACUUCAAGGGGCUAAGGCAUGAGUCUGGCGAUGGCUCUCCUCGCAUCAGAAUCUCACAUGGCAGCCCUUCAGGUAAAGCGGCAGCAGAGGAGGGAGUUUUUGAGUCGAGCAAUGUAACUUACACUGGGCCACAGGUUAGCUCCACAGAGACACGCUGGGGCAGUGGGGGAGGUCAAACCACGACAUUUAUAAGAGAGGGAAAAGAAAGAAUUACAGAUGUUCGAUUUAAAGGGCCUAAUUUUGGCCUAACAGUUGGUAAAGGCCAGGAGGGCACUGAUAUGUCCAGAGGGACCGAAGAGCAAAGAGAUGGAAGUUUUCAGGUUUCAGGAACAAGCAUGUCACUAAGAGACAGCACAAACACUGGCAAUAGACAUGUUACAAUAGGAGGGUUGGGAAGUGCAGACAUAGCCUCAACAGAUGAAAACGGAGGGUCAAUAACUCUGCCUUUGCCAGGAAAAAGCAUGCAGAUUUCAAGUACAACCAUAGAUAAAACACAAGUGGGAAGUUUUGACACUAGUGUAGGUGAGAGGAAAAACGUGACAAUAUCUACAACCAACAGCAGUCACCCACAGACAACAGGAUCAGGCAGUACUGACACUCCAAAUGUCAGACUUAGCAGAGGCUCCACGGAAAGUGACACUGAAUUGAAAGGUAGCAGGUUAGGAGGAACAACAAUCACAAUAGGAAAUGUUGGCUCAGGAUUUUCCUCAGGACCAGGCAAGAUUUCAGUGACAGGUAUGGAUGUCAGCGUUACAGGUUCGAAGUUGAAAGGUGACAGAGAUGUUAAUCUGCCAAGCACAAAGGGAGAAAUAAAAACAUCUGGAAUAUGUGGUGAUGCUGACAUUUCAUUACCUGUGACACAUGGAGAAGUAAAGAAAUCAGAGCUGGACAUCAAAGGGACAGAUAUGCAGAUGAAAGUUCCCAGUGCUAACAUUGAAGGAUCAGUUGUCAGUGUGAGACUUCCAGAGGCUGAAAGUGACUUCAAAGAACCUGAAAUAAACUCUAGCAUUCGAGUCAAAGUACCAAAGAGUGAUAGCAAAUACAAAAUGGAGGUUAAAAUUCCAUCAUUAUCUGGGCCUGACAAAGAUGUAAGCAUAAAGGGUUCUAAGAUGGUGGAAAAGCUUGACGCAACAGUUUCUAAGGCUGAUGGAGAAAUACUAGCACCCAAAGAAGACAGUGAAGGUCUAGCUAUAAACAUUGACAAAAAAGAAGGAGAUUUGAAAAUGCCUCAUAUAAAGAUGACAUCAUUUGGAGCUAAGGCACAAAGUGUUGAUGUAAAUGCUCCGAAGGCUGACAUUAAAGCAACAGAAUCUUCUGUUGAAAACACAGAUGUAAAAAUAAAGGGACCCAUGUUUAAUGUGCAAUCUGGGUCUGUUCCAAAGAUCAAGGGAGACACAAAAGGUCUUCAUGUUGACAUUAAGGGAGCACAAAUAAACAUUACUGGGCCUGAUGCCGCAAUUGAUGCUCCAACAAAGCAGGGUCAAGGUCUUGAUGUAAAACUUACAAAAUCCGAUACUGACACUACAGCACCUAAAGUGGACAUUAAAUCACCAGGAGUUGAUGGUGGGGGUCCUUAUGUAGACAUGACAGGACAGAAGUUCACAAUCCCUUCCACAACAGUCAAUGUCAAAGCACCUCAAUUUGACAUUAAAACAUCGAGAGUUAAUGUAGAGAGCCCAGAUGUGGACAUAAAAGUGCCCAAAGUGGAUACUGACAUGAAGGGACCACAGGGUGGAUCAAAAAUCAAAAUGCCAUCAUUUGGUCAAAAGGUCAAGGGUGCAGAUGUGGAUCUUCCCGAAAGUGAAAUUAAUGCAAAAACACCUAAAAUUGAUGUUGAAGACCAUAAUGCAAGAGGACAAAAGAUGCCAGAUGUGAAUUUCAAACUUGAGGAUCCAAGAGUGGCAGGAGAUAUAGAUGCAUCAGUUCCAAAGAUUGAAGUAGACAUAAAGGAGGUAAAUAUUAAGGGACCAGGUGUUGACAGUGAAGAUCAGAAAGGUGGAUUUAAAAUGCCUAAAUCCUCAAUUUCAACAUUUGGAAUAACUGGUUCAAAAUGGGAAGGGCCAGAAGUUGAUGUUGGUCUUCCAACAGCUGAAGUUAAUGUGAAAGCAGCUAAAGUGAACAUCAAAGGGAAAGAUGUGAGUCCCAGUGGAAAACUGACAGGAUCAAAAUUCAAAGUGCCGGCAAUUACAGAUCCCAAAACAUCCAUGCCAGAUGUGGAUUUAAGUGUCAAAGAUCCCAAACUUGAAGUGAAAGGGAAUAUGUCAACUCCAAAGAUAGAGGGGGUCAUAAAAACAUCUAAAGUUGACACCAAAGGUCCAGAGGUUGUCAUUAAAGGUCCAAAUGUGGAGGGUACAGUUUCUGAUAUAAACCUUCCCAAAGCUAGCAUUGAUGUGAAAGCACCUAAUGUUAACAUCAAAACUCCAGAGAUUGACAUUGAAGGUCCUGAUGCAAAAAUCAAAGGACCCAAAGUUAAAAUACCAACCAUAACAGGACCAAAGAUGCCAGAACUUGACAUCAACCUAAAAGGAUCUAAAGUCGAGAGACAUGUGAAUGUUUCAAAUCUUGAAGGAGGUAUAAAAACUCCUGAAAUGGACAUUGAAGGACCAGAUGAUGAUACUGAAGGCCAAAAAGGUAGAUUUAAAAGUCCUAAUAUUACAAAUCCAGCAUUUGGCAUCAAAGGCCCACAAGUAGAAGGUUCCAACGUUGACAUAAACUUACCCAAAGUAGACAUUGAUGUAAAAGCACCUGUUGUUGACAUCAAACAACCAGACGUUGAUAUUGAAAAAUCAAACACAAAACUCAAGGGACCCAAAAUCAACAGGCCAAAUGCUUCAGUUGAGAUCAAAGGGCCAGAAAUUGACAGUGAAGGUCCCAUGGGUGGAUUUGAAGAGCCCAAAAUCAAAAUGUCUUCUUUUAACAUUAAAGGGCCAAAAUUGGGUGGUCAAGAUAUUGACAUUAAUCUUUCCAAUUCAAACACUGAUGCCAAGGCACCUAAAAUGGAAAUGAAAGGGCCAGAAUUU